AGGCUUACAUAUUCUCUUGUUCCUUAUGAUAUAGAUGCCUUACUAGAGGAACUAGAACGCUCCACCCUCCAGGACAGUGGUGAAUAUUCCAACCCAGCUCCUCUUUUCCUGGAUCAGCAUUCCGGAAAGGAGAGUAACCUUGCUGAGACUUCAAAGAUCCUGUCCGUUCAGGAUAAUGUAAGUCCCUUGCCAGUGCAGCUCGUGUAUACUACCAAUAUCCAGGAGCCCAAUGUCUACAGUGAGAUCCAAGAGCGAAAGGAAUCCCCACCACCUCCUAAAACCUCAGCAGCCACUCAACUGGAUGAGCUCAUGGCUCAUCUGAGUGAAAUGCAGGCCAAG